UAAAAUUGUAGAAAUUUCAUAUGUAAAGGCACAACCGACAGAUAGACAUGUCAGCAUCGUCUUGGAUAUUGGCGAUGAUCAAGAAUAUAUAUACUUUUAAGAUCGGGAAUACCUCAUUCUGCAGAUUACAUACUUUUUCUGUAGGCACAAAAUUAUCAAUUUACUGCUUAAACUCGUUUAAAAGAUUACGACUAGCGCAAACCUAUAAAAGCUCAUAGCUUCGAAUGCAUUCUUAUCUUAUCGAAAUUUCGUGCAAAUUUCUCUGCAUGACAGGCAUUAGUCUUCCAUCAACUUUACAGUAGAGAAAAACACGCAAGUUAAUUCUCAAUUUAUAAAUCAGAUAAUCGAAAUGGAAGAUAAGAAACUUAAUAUACAAUUGGAAGAAAAUGAUAUUUCUCAGAAAAGCCUCGAGGACAAUUUGAUCGAUAAUAGUUCAAAUUUGUGUGACUCAUCAUGCUUUAAGGCGGUGAAACAAUUGCUGGAGGACUCCGAUAAGAAAGCAGAAUUCGAGGAAUUUUUUUAUAUGGUGCACAUGAGAGAUAAUCAAUUAAUGGACAUAAAGGAUAAACUCUCAGAUCUUGAAGUAAAACUAUCAAUUUAUAAGCAGCAAAUUCUGGAGAAGAAUAAAUUAAUAGACUAUUUGAAAAGGAAAAUUUAUUUAUCAGAUGAAGCAAAAAUUAAUAACAAUGAAAGAACGAUUACAGAAACCAACGAUAUAAAUGCUGAAACAAUUAAGGCUAAGGAUCAACUAAUAGAAACACUUAAAGAAUCACUUGAGUUAUCUAAAGAUAAUCGAAAGCUAUGGGAUAUUAAUCAAUUAGCAAUGACAACAAGAAUUGAUCUUCUUUUGGCUCAACAGGCAACUGCUAAUGAGAAUAUGAUUGAAAAAGAUAAUGAGAUUGUACGGCUAAAAUCAAAAACUGAUACAAAUGAAGUAGAAAUUAAAGAAAAUAUUAAAAUUAUUAACGAAAUGAAAAAUGAAAUAAAAGCAUUAGAAGAUACUGUUCUUAGACAAAAUAGUACCCGUAAAGAAGUACUAAAUAAAAUAUGUCAAUUGCCCAAACGUACUACUCUUAAAUUGAUUUGUGUGGAAAUGAAUUUUCGUAGUCUAUUGGAUUUUCGUGAUUACAGCGCUCUUGAAAUGAAGUCACUUAAAUUUAAUCUUUCGCGUACUUUGGAUUCUCACAAAGCCCUCAGAAAUACAAUUAGAGAAGCGUUAUUUGCUGUAAACCGACUAUUUGCAAACCCUGAAGAAAAUAAAAAUAAAAAUUCCUUAGUAGUUCGCCCAUAAAAAUGUUAUACAUAAAUGUAUGUAUAAAAUAAUAUAAAUAAAUAAUAUAAAUAAAAUAAUAAAAUAUAAAAUAAUUUAAGAAAGAUACAAUCGAGUGUACUCGACUGUAUGAUACCUAUUACCCAAUUUCAAUAUAAGCGAAAUAUUACAAAUUUGUUCUUGGAAGAACCAACAUAUUAUAUCGACAAUACUUUUAAAUAUACCAAAGUCGAUAUUUAGUAUAUAUAUCAUAUUUAGAAUAAUAUACUAUUAUAUUA